AUUCGGACGAAAAUGAUAUCGAACUUGAAGAAGGAACCACACUGCUGAUUGAGACUUUCACUUUCACGUAUUAAUCAAUUAACCCGAAAAUUUCAGCUAUGAGAAAUUCUUCUCCUUUUAAUCUUCUUCGCCAUUUUCUGCUUCAUCGGCACCUUCGCUUCACUCUUGCGCCGCCUCAGCAUCGAGCGUGGUGCACCGCCGCCACACCGACUACAAACCCGGACCACCUGUGGAAGGAGAAGGAAGAGGAGAUUUUGAGGGACAUUGAGCCUGUGGUUACACUAACCAAAGAUAUUCUUCACUCUCCAAGGUACAAGGAUGGGGCACAAUUGACUGUUGAAGAUCAGAAAAUUGUAGCGGAGAUGAUUCUUCCAUACCAUCCAUAUUCUGAAGAUAAGAUUGGAAGUGGUAUAGAAUCCAUUAUGGUUGAUCGUCAUCCUCAUUUCAGACAAUCAAGGUGCCUUUUUGUUGUAAGAACUGAUGGUGGCUGGGUUGACUUCUCGUAUCACAAGUGCAUUCAGGAAUACAUUAGAAAUAAGUAUCCAACUCAUGCAGAAAGGUUUAUUCAAGAGCAUUUUAAACGUAGAAAAUUAAUUGUGUAAUGUAAUGUAAUUGAACUCGAUUACUUAAUAUCUGUGGUAAUGUGACUACUUUUGCAACUGCUUCAUUUCCAUUUUCCUUUUUGUUCUCCCCAUUGUUCAGUGACCUACUUAGUCUUAUUGAUUGUCAAUGGUAGUUGAUAACCAUUGACUGGGA